AUGGACUGGAUGCCUCUGGGUAAGCUGAUAUCAGAUAUUCUGACUGAAAAUAAAUUGAUAGAAUAUCUGGCUGAAUCUCAGCAGAUCAACACUCUGGAAGCAUGUGCUGGAAAAUCUCUCAAUGCAAAGAAUCUGAAGAAGAUGAAAAUCAUUGACAACAUUAAGAAGGAUCCAACUAUUGCAACCAAAGAAGUCAUCACAUCAAGAAGAGUUCCUCUGACGGAUUUCCCUCUGUUCUCUCAAAUAGAUGCUUCUCCAAAAAUAAUUGCCAGAUAUCUAGAAGCAUGCAAAAUGGAUGGGAGUAAUCCAAAAUUAAACAUUUGUGAUAUGCGUCAACUGGAUCCAGAAGUUGUUCUCAAGAAAUCCAGAAAAAGGAAAGUUGCAGGAGAAGGAUCUUCUCAGAAGGUACCAAAAGCUGCUAAGAAGAAAGGUAAUCCUUCUUUUAUUUUUGUUGUAGAAUCAAUGAUUUUAUCAACAUCUGAAACCCCCUCCUCUCCAAAACCAACAGAAGACCCUUCACCACAAACCUUUGAUGAUUUUGAUAUAGAAUUUGACCCUUCACUCACACUAGAAAACAUUCUGAACAAACCACAUUCUACCACCUCACAUCUUGACCAAAAUCAGCCAGAACUUGCUCAAGUUCUUUCUGAUAUUGAUCAAUUUGAUCCAGAAUUUCAAGCUCCCCACAUAGAAAAUCUAAACUCUCAAGCUCCUAACUCAAAAAAUUCAAAUGUUCACGCUCCCCAACCAUAA